AAAGAAGAAGGACUCACAUCAGGGAGAAGAGCACUCGACAGAUAUGAAGCCGUCCAUGCUGUUUUCUGUCUCCUAUGGCCUGUGUCUGGCUCUGAGUCUGCUCUCUGUGAUCUUUGUGAUCUGCUGGAGCUCCCGUUGGAGAGGUGGCUUCGCUUGGGAUCGUUCAGCCCUGCAGUUCAACUGGCAUCCUGUCCUCAUGGUGUCUGGGCUGGUGGUUCUGUACGGCAACGCUGCUGUUGUGUAUCGUGUUCCGUUCACCUGGAAGCAGAGGAAGAGCACCUGGAAGCUGGUGCACGCUGGACUCAUGCUUCUGGCUCUGCUUCUGGCCAUCCUGGGCUUGUGUGCAGUGUUUGACUUCCACAGAGGCUUCCACAUCCGUGACCUGUACUCUCUGCACAGCUGGGUGGGCAUCUGUACCGUGGUUACGUUUGCAUUUCAGUGGGUCCUCGGCUUGGCUGCCUUCUUGCUUCCUUGUUCGACACAAAGGCUCCGCAGCGCCCUGAAGCCUGUUCAUAUCUGGUUGGGAAAAGCCAUCUUAAUCCUCAGUCUGACCUCCAGCAUCAGUGGCAUCAAUGAGAAACUGCUCCUCACUCUCUAUGGAAGCACGGGCGCCCCUUACAGCUCACUGCCUGUGGAAGCAAAGUUUGCAAAUUCACUCGGCAUCUUUAUUUUAGCUUUUGGGAUGAUUGUCUUUGGAAUCUUAUCCAAAAAGGAGUGGCGGUGGCCUCAGAGACAGGAAAGUGCUUAUCCGCUGCUCAGUGAAGACAGCAUAUAAAAACCACAACAUGGAGAGACCACUGGGUGCAGGUUUUUUAUUUCAGCCAGAAGAAAACUGUAGUGAUUUGAGUGUUUACAAAGC